AUGGACACUCAAGCUUUCGAGUUCCAAGAUAACUUCUCCUUCUCACUUGUUGACGGCUUACCCCGAAAACCUAGCGUGCAACCGUCGCGCUUUUGGAAGGCACUAUCAUACACCUUCCUACCCAUCCUGGCCGGAGGGACUGGCAGCCUCGAAGAUGAGGGGCAGGCAAUGUUUGUGGCUGCGCAAGGCCAGCCUGGCAUCCCGGAAGGAAGGACGCUACCUCAAGAAGUGACGAACUACCAAAUCUUCAUCAAAUCAGAUGUAGGUGCCGAGACCCCGGAUAUAUGUAACUCUCGAGAGGCGUUAUUUGACGCAGAAGCGAAGAAGGAAGUGGCGUGGAGAGCCGCCCUGCGCGACUAUACGCCCACGGGCGCAACGUCUUUCGUGGAUGCAUUGAGUCACAACAAAGCGUAUCUGGAUGCAUGGGAGAUCGAGCAACAGCGGUAUGACGAGUACAAGUCUCUGCAAACACCCGAAAUGGAAGACAUGCUGAAGCAGCUCGAUAUCAUGAAGUCUGCAAACGACCGACUGUUAUACAAAAAGAGGUCUGUACUUGCCCUUCAAUUGUUUUCUAUAAAACCUGGCUAA